AUAAAUAAUUUAAUAACGGCCAAAUAUCAAGCGAAACGUACAAUUUAAAUAUUCACGUACAUUAUGCUAGUUAUUUAUUUUUUAACUAGGUAACAGUUAAUUGGGUACAAAGAUGAUUCCAAGAGUGUACGCAGACGAUCGAGAUAAGGGCAGUUUAUAUACGCAGGAUUGUUGCGCGCGCGCCAGUCUGCCGAUGCCAGUCGCCAUGCCGGCCUGUGCGCCUGAGUACCGCCUCAUGCGGUCCGCUACCGAGCUCGUCCUCUCUCCGCGCGUCAAGAGAUGUUCCCAUCAACCGCCGCCAUUUACGGCAUUGCGGCGUUCUUUCUCUUCAACGUUCUCUCUUAUACCCGAAGAGCGAGCCGUUCCACCUGAACACCCGCCGUCUCUGCCACGAUUGAUUCAAAUUCUAACAUGGAUUCCCAGCCAAUUUCUACGACCUAUCUUCGCUCUCUUCAGGUUCAUCGCUCAUCCAGCCUGGAAACAGAUAUUAGUUGUAUUACCCACUUUAUGGAUAGCAGCAUCGCUUUUUAUAUUUUGGAAGUGCGUUCAAUGCCCUAUUGGAUUUUUGAAGAUGGUCGCAAGUGCAAUCUCAAGGAAUGUUGACCAGCAGCGGACCGUUCUCAUUAGCGGAGGGAGUUCUGUUCAAGCUUUACAUUUAGCCAGAAACUUUCACUCCGCCGGAGCCAAAGUGAUUGCUUUCGAAGUAGAGGGUCAAUUUACCUUAUUGAAGUAUUCUGCGGCAGUUCACAAAUUCUAUACUGUUCCUCGGCCAAAUCCAGCCGAUCCAUUAGCAUAUGCAAGAGCCUUGAAAGAAAUAGUGGAAAGAGAAUCAGUUGUGUUCUAUAUUCCUGUCAGCUCAACGACGCCAGCGUACUAUGACGCUUUAGCUAAACCUCAUUUAGAAGUGAUAGGUUGCCAAUGUUUUGUACCGAGUGCGCGGGACGUGAUUACUUUGGAUGAUCCGUUGGAAUUGAUGCGAGUGUGCCGUGUAGCUAGUUUGCCUACACCUCAGUUCUGGGUUGUAACUAGUGAAGAAGAUGUAAGGGCGUGGUACGAUAACGGUACGUCAAAAGAAGGCCGUCAUUUUAUUGCUAGUGCUGGUGCACGAGGUGCUAGGGAUCGAUUACGGUUCGUUAUGCCAGAAGACAAAGCACAUUUUAGAUUUCCACGAGAAAUAAGUGCUGAAAAGCCUUGGGUUAUUGUAAGGGAACCAAAAGGGGAAAGGUUUGUAACUUGCACUACUUUAAAAGAGUCACGUGCCGUUAAUAAUGUAACCUGUCGAGUAGAUCCUUCAAAGAAAGGUCUCGUGCCACAAAAAGAUGAAGAAACAGACGCUUGGGUUCAACGAUUUGUUACUUGCCUUUCACCAUCAAAACCUAUGACGGGACAUAUAUCGUUUAGAUUAGUACGUGAAGAAAAUACAACCAAUGGACAUGGAAGUAGAAUGGUCGCGAUCGGAGCACGCGUUGGUGUGUCUUUGCCCUACUUGUGUCAAGGAACUAAGAGAUGUGGUCAUACAGCGACUAUGGGCAAGUUGCUGAAUACUGUGCUAGACACACGUGAGGCAUUGUUCGCAUUUUGGGAUCCGUUACCUUAUUGCGCAUACUACCAAUCUCGAUCGCCUGAUGAUCGUAGGCCGCCACCGCCAGAGCCCUGCAAGACUCCACCAAAUGUACCUCUUUGAAAGCCUCACGCGUGGCUGAUAUGCCUCAUAUAGUCGCUAAGGUGAUUAUUUAUUUAGACGCUCGAGUACCUGAAGAGUGCGUGAGUGCAAGGUUCUGAUGCUGUCCUCGGAGUCACGCUCUCUGUAUCAGUUGUCCUCUCGCUCGGACGACUAAUAAAAGGUCGUGGAGUCAGAGGACGAUAUUUUUUCGUAACUACUAAGUAGAUAUUAUAUAUGACUACGAUGAAGUUUUAUGAUAUUAUAUAGACUUCUUAUUAAUUGCAUGGAUUAAUAUUGUAUGUCUAUGAUUUUGUAUACAGUAAAAAACAAUUAUGAAAUGGUAUAAUAAAUAAUUUAUUAGACUGUUUUGUUUCGUAUUUUUAUAAAAGAUGUCUGUAUGUAUAUUUUUAUGACUAUUUAAAUGUUACUCAAAAGUGUAUGUUGUAAGAUGCGUUGUUUUUCUGUAAGAUGUUUUUAUAAUUAACAAUUACAUUGAAUGUUAAAAGAUCAAAAUGAUACGCACCUAGGUUUAAGUCAAAAUGGUAUCACGAAAAGUUUUUUUUUUAUACCAAAUAAUAAUUAUUAUAUUGUACUUUUAUAAGAGAUAAAAAUGUAUCCCAUUA